AUGAGAAUGAUGUCUGCUCUUGGUGGGUCCUUCUGGUCCACUUUCCGUAAUUUUCAAAGCCAUUCAGCAUUGGAUGAGCUUUUAGAAAAAGAAGAUGCAACUUUGUCCGAAGUUCUUAACGAAGAAGAAACAAUCCAAGAACUGAAGAGCCAUAACCAAAAACUGAUUGAAUUGUAACUAUUAUUCAGCUUGAAUGAAGAGCGACUUGCACAACUCAUUGAGUACAUUACAGUCUUCCCUCCAGAGAACUCUCCAAAGGAGCGAGAAAAUAAAUACCCCUUCAUCUCCUGUGAGCUCUUAAGCUGCGACGUUCCACCUGUCUUAGAUAAGUUGUUCGACUCUGAGCCCCUUCUCCAACAACUAUUUUCGUUUUUGCAUAAUGAUUACAUUCAUCCUACACUAGCAGGAUACUUCGGGAAAGUCGCUUUAACUCUAGCCAACCGUCACAUAAGGGAGAUUAUGAAAUUUGUCACUGAAAACAAUUUCAUUGGAGAAUUGUUGAAGCAUCUAGAAUACAAGUCAGUUGCAGAUGUAAUUUUUAAGCUCUUGCUAGUUGAUAUUCCUGGCGAACCUGUAUAUCUUCCUCAAAGAAUCGAAAUAGUAAAAGGGCUACUUAAAGGACUGAAAGAUGAAAAAAGGGAAAUCCAACACCAUGCUGGUCACAUCCUAACUGAUUUAAUUAAUAAAGUCACAGAAACUAACUCAUGGAGGUCACUUGUCGAAGUAAUCAUGAAUAAAGAAACACUUGAAUACUUGUUCAGCGGUCUUGUUGAAGCUAACUUAGGGGUUGUAAAUGCUUGUGUGAGCGUCUUAAAAUCUAUUAUGUCAAGCCAAUAUAGAGACGAACUUUUUACACUUGACCAAAAAGAUAAAGAUAGCUUAGAAAAUGAAAUGGUGACCAUUCAAGAAUCUGAACAAACCUGUACAUUUAUUGACUGCUUUGUGCAGUCUUUAGAUGGAUUUAUCCAGAUUUUAGUAAAAGAAAGUGAUGUUAAGUUUUUGACAACCUUUAAUGAAAAAAUCGAGGUCCUUGGAGAAGGGAGACUUAAAAUAGUGGAAGCAUUAAAUGCUGCUAUUAAAAUGGAAAAGAAAGAAAUUUAUACCAAAUUGUAUGAAUCUGGAGCAAUGAAAGUGCUUGUAGACUUAUUUUUCAGGUUUUCAUGGAACUCCAUGCUCCAUUCGUCUUUUGAAAAUAUCGUUCAAGGAGUCUUAUAUAUCAAUCACAGUGAUCUUAAAACACAACUUCUUGAAGAUGCCAAACUAGUCGAAAAAAUUGCACAAAAAGGACUCGAACAAGUGAAUUCUUAUUCCAAGCUAAAGCCUGGCUAUCUUGGCCACCUGAAACGAAUUGCAAAUUUAAUCAAUAAGCUCGCCCAAGCCCAACCAGAAGUGCAUGCAGUUUUAUUAAAAUCAGAAAAUUGGGAAAGCUUUAAGACUCAGUAUUUAGAGGUUGAAAAUAAAAAAGAAGAAGCUACGCUAGGAGAUCAAAGGCUACCUACAUUUGGUGAUAAUUUUUCAGAAGAUGAAGAAAAAGAGCAAGAACAAGAGCACGAGCAUGAGAAUAAGGAGCACAUAUUUUCUUCUUACCAAAGUAGUGACAAGAAUGAAUAUGAAGAAGCAGAAACGCCAGAAGAAGAAAUCGAGCAAAGUGAGCCACUUAGCAAGGAAGAUCUUGAAUAUGAGCCAGAAGAUAAAGAAAAAGAAGUAAAAAAUGAAGAAAACCAAGAAAUUGAUGUAGAAAUUCCACAGCCAGCAAAGGAAGAGUUUGAGUUCGAGUUUAAAGAUGAAAAGCAAGAAGAAAUUGCUGAUAACUAUAAAGAAGAUUAUGGAUUUGAGAUUAAAGAAAGUGAAGAAAACCCAGAAGAAAAUCCGGAAGAUGUUCCAACAGAUGCACCAAUGACUAAAGAAGAGUUAGAGUUCGAAAUUAAAGAAGAACAGCCUACAGUUGAGCCUGAGAGUAUUCAAGAAGAAGUUACAGAAGUUCAACCUGAAGAAAUAAAAGAAGAGGUAGAGACAACUGAAGAAUCUAAAGAAGAGGUGGAGAUAACAGAAGAGCCUAAAGAAGAGGUGGAGAUAACUGAAGAGCCUAAAGAAGAGGUGGAGAAAACAGAAGAGCCUAAAGAAGAGAUCCAAAAUGAAGAAAGUCAUAUUGAUGAAAUCAUUGAAAUCGAGAAAAAUGAUGAAGAGUCAAAAGCGGAAGAAACUGAGACUACUGCAGAAAAUACUAAUAUUCCUGAUACUGAGCCUACAGCUGAAGAAGCCAAAGAUGAGGGUGAACAAGAAACAGGUCUAAGUCAAACAGUCCAAAUUGUAUCUGUUCAAUGGGAUGAAACAAAUGAAAGUGAAGAAACAGGUCUUACUCAAACAGCAGAAAUUGUAUCAGUUGAAUUUGUUGAGACUAAAGAAAAUAUUGCUUCUGAAACAGUAGAGACUGCAGUUGAAGAAAUACAAACUCAACCUGAAGACCAAUCAGGACAAACCCAAACUGUUGAAAUUGUAUCUGUCGAAUUUGAUACAGUUAUUGAAAUACCUGAAGCAGCUCAGCCUUCAAUAGAGGAAGUAAAAACUGAGGCUAAAGAAGAAGAAAAUUUAACUCAAACCACUGAAAUCGCAUCAGUUGAGUUUCAAGUUGUUCAAGAAACCUCAGAGCCCACAUUUGAAGCUCAAAACUCUCAACCCGAAUCUGAAGAAACUAAAGAAAGUGCAGCUGAAGAAGUAAUAGAGACUUCAGAAACCCAAAAAGUCCCUCAAGAGUCCCAAACUGAUUCACAAGAAAAAGAAACCCCAGUCUCUGAAGAAGUUGUGCAGCAGAUCCCUGACAUCCAAGAACCUCAACCAGAAUCUGAAGCAAAGGAGACAGUGGAAACUGAAGAAAUAAAGCAAGAUAUACCACAACAGACUGAGGCUCAAGCUGAAGUAGUAGAAGCCACUCAAGAAAGCCCAAGCGAAGAGCAAAGCAUUAAAGUCUCAGAAGAGGCCAAAAUUGAAGACUCUAAAAGCAUUGAACUUCAAAAUGAAGAAGAAGCUAAACCCCCCCCCCCUCCGUGAGCGAACAAAAAAAUUUUGUUCGCUCACGGAGGGGGGGUUAAUUUUUUUUUUAAAAAAAAUUUAUAUAUAAAUUUUAUAAAAAAUAUUUUUUUCGAAAUUUAAAAAAAAUCCUAAUUUGCAAAAAUUGGGAAGCAAAUAUUAAUUUAAUUUGCAAAAUUUAUGUUUUAAAACGCAAUUUGUUUAAAAUUAAACAGAAUUAGCUCUAGAUUUCAUUAUACUAAUUAUCACUUAUAUAUCAAAAUUUUUUUCCAUUAAAAUUUUUUCUAUUAAAAAAAUUUUUGUUCACUCACGGAGGGUGGGUUUUUGGUCAAAAAAUGGCGAUUUUUCUAAUGUUUUGUUCGCUCACGGAGGGGGGGGGGGAGUAAGGAAGUAGAGUCUGAGAUUGGCCAAGAGCCGCAAGAUGAAGUGCUCGAGCAGCCAAUAAGCCAGGAGCAAGGUGAAAAUACUGAAAUACCAAAAGCUGCAGCUGAGGAACCCUCAGAGCAAGUUAAUGAGUCUGAGCAAGAACCUCAAGAAGUCAGUGAUGCUUUUGGCUCCAUGCCAAAUGAAGUACAUUUGGUCGAAGACUUUUAAAUAGUGUGAGAUUUAGUGGAAAUUUAAUAGUUUUUUAGGUCAAAUAUCUCGCUAUUAAAAAUUUUCAACCAAUUUUCGACUAAAUUUACUUCGGUGAAAUGUACACUAUCAAAAGUACGCGAUCAUUGAUCUGCACCCAUGCUUCUUGCUAA